AUGUACGAUAAAUUACGGAUAAAUUACAUACGGAUUAGAACUGUGUCCCCAUCUGAUAAUAAAACAGCCGCCACGGUACUGCGCGUCCACCGCGGUCCACGGUACUGCUCGAAACCCAAGCAAGAAAUUUCCGACCUUUACUGCCGAGCCGGCGGUGUGCCCGUGCCACGGGCCGUGGCAAAGGCCGGAAAUCCGGGCGCGUACCGUCGUCAGUCGCGGGCGCCGUUGUCCACUGCGACGCAUAGAGGACGCCAGUCGCUGGCCGUUGCGGCGCGCUUCAACUUGUCAAACAGGAGCAGGAUAUCUGGCGACGCUGGCGGUGCGGCAACAAAAUGCUCUCAGAUUUCAUGGUCUAGUGGCGCCAUUCGCCAAACUUCCCCGGCAGGGGGAGCGAUGCCAGCUCCCCAUGCGCCAUCCUCCGGAGAUGCGUCACCUCGAGCCCGUCUCGGCGACGCUGGCCGCAGGGCCCUCGUGACGGCGCUCCAACCCGCUUCCCCGCGCUCCACCCCCCUAGCCGGAGUUCAGUCGAAGCUCGACCUCCUUCGCCACCGCAAGCCCCACCCGCCAUCUCCAUCCCGCAAGCAACGAGCGGCAAUGGAGCGUCCCCACGCCUCAGCGGCUCCCCCAAGAUGUUCGGGAUGGACAGUAACGCCGUUCUUGCAGUGCUCGCGAGCGCGGGGGCGUACAGGCCCAUCCGGCGAGUACGAGGCCAAGCGGCAGCGCCGCGUCCAGGAGAACCAGCAGAAGCUGCAGGCGCUGGGCGUCCCCAAAAUCCCGCAACCGCCUCGCCCUGUCGCUCACAAGAAGCGAGAAGCUCACCAGCUUCAACCCGUGCGCAGGUCGUGUCCGAAUCGAUCGGAUCGAUGGAGGCUCGGCCACCGUCGCCGAUUUGGUAUCUCCGUCAUAGAGCCACAACAAGUUCAGGCCAAUAUGCAUGAUGGCAACAACGCUGUCCUUGCCGAGCCGGAUCGCGAGGAUAUUCUAUCUGCCGGAUACCGGAUACACAGAGAGGACUCCUCCGCAUGCACUACAAAUACUGGAGAGAGCGAAAUGAGAUGCCAUCGAUCAUAG